GAAAAAAACAUGUCCUCUAGUGGGGAUCCGUAAAAAACUGGACCUUUAAGAAAAAAAAGGUGAUCCGUAGUGGUAAAAUCGAUGUUAUGAUAAAACGGCCUGCCAAAUGCCAUAGUCUGCCUUGACACCAAUUACAGGCUGCUACGUCACAUAGCUGAGUCUCUCUGAUUGGUUCACUCUCCGCGUCCAGCUGCAAAAGUUCAGAUUUUCUGACUCGAGCAAGAGGCUCACAGUUUCCCACUUUUAGGGCGUUUCCGUUGAUCUUUCCGUCUGGGAAGUUGGGAUUUCCCAGUUUUUCAUUACCACUGUAACGCAUCAUAAGCUCCACCUUCACCUCCACCCUUUCCGCCUCAGCAGGGCUCAGCCUGCAGAGGAAAGUGAAAGUGAAAGUUUUCACUUUCUCAGUGUUUCAUCCAUUUAUUCUAGUUCCACCGCUUUCUAACUGCCUGUUGUGUUUAAGUUAAACUUCAGUGUUUUUAUGUCCCGACGAAACAUUUUCCACUUAGAAACGUGAAUGAAUCUAAAUUUCGGACGGAGACCGAACCAACCAGGAGAUGGAUUCUUCUCUGACUGCGUCUCUGCUGCUGCUGUCUGUGGUCUUCAUGCAGUUUGUCUCUGCAGCAGAUCAGAACAACGCGACAAUCAAAGCUGAACCUGGAGAGAACGUCGUUCUGACAUGUAAAGAUCCUGAUCAGGGGAAAAUCAAAAUCGCAGAGUGGAAGAGAACUGAUCUGGGAUCAUCAGAAUAUGUCCUCCUGUACAAAGAUGAUCAGCUUGAUCCAGGAGCCCAGCAUCCAUCUUACAGGGACCGAGUUGAUCUGCUGUGUAAUCAGAUAAUGAAAGGAGACGUGUCUCUGCUUCUGAAGAACACAACGACUGAUGACAGCGGGACGUAUGAAUGUCGAAUUGAUACAGAAAAACAUGUGGGGGAACUGAUCAGCACCAUCAGCCUCCAGGUUUCUCCUCCUCCUCCUCCAGAACAAUUUCCAUUCUGGGCCAUAGUUCUACUGGUUCUACUGGUUCCACUGGUUCUGGCUGCUGCUGCAGGAGUUUCAUUUUAUUUCUGGCUCCGUUGGAAACCAGUCCCAGAAAAGGUGGAGGUGGAACCAUGGGAGGAGUCUGUCCUGCUGCCCUUUAAGGUCCCACAUCGCCUGUGGUUCUGUAAAUACAGACUGUCUGUGGCUAAAGUGGAGUGGAGGAAUGUUAGAGACAACAGGAAGGUCCAUGUGUAUCAGAACGGUUCUGAUCAGCCUGGAGAACAGGACGAGUUCUACAGAACCAGAACCAGGAUGGAUGAAAACCUGCUGAAGACUGGAGACCUCAGUCUGAUUCUGAGACGACCCACUGAUGAAGACGAGAACCUCUACAGCUGCAGAGUCUACAACAGGAAGGGAGACGUCCUGAUGGAGAAACAAGUCUGGCUAAAGGUCAAAGUCCCAGAACAGGUGGAGGUGAAAUCAGGGGAGGAGUCUGUCCUGUUGUCCUGCAGAACCACAGAGAGUCUGGAUGGAGACACUAAAGUGGAGUGGGUGGACAAAUAUGACAGGACGGUCCAUGUGUAUCAGAACGGUUCUGAUCAGUCUGGAGAACAGCACCAGUACUACAGAACCAGAACCAGGAUGGAUGAAAACCUGCUGGAGACUAAAGACCUCAGUCUGACUCUGAGAUGGCCGAGAUAUGAAGACAGUAACAUCUACACCUGCAGAGUCUACAGAGACAGAGACGUCCUGAUGGUGAAACAAGUUAAUCUCUGGGUCAAAGUCCAACAGCUGCUGGGGACAGUCUGCAGCUUCCUGCUGUCCUCACUGAGGACAUUCUGUCCACCUGCUGCUGGUUGGACACAGCAGAGACAACACACAGCAAAGUGUCAGAUUUCCAGCACAAGUGCGGAAAGUUUAAAAUGCUUUGUUAAUUCAACAACAUGAGUGUGUGUGUGAGUG